UUCUAUUCUUCUUUCACGUAAGCGCUAAACAGUGUAAUGUCUCUAAUCUGGUAUAUAUUUUCUAUUCUAAUAUUCUGCAUCACAACUACUCUUUGUUGUUAUUGGCUCAUAUAUCUGAAGCCCUGCAUGUAGGAGUUUCUCUAUGCCUCCUUAGAACUUUUAUUGGCCUAGACAUUUUAUGUAUCAUUUCUCGAUUUCUACAUGUCAUCCGUCUAUGGGUAUAUCCUAAUCUUUUUCAGUUUUAUCGGAUAUCCCAGAGGCACAAAUUGUUAUCAUUCAUUUACUUUUUCCUUCCUCUUGGUUUCAAAAAGGAAAGUACACAUAUAUAUACUAGUAGACGUCAAGAAGAUGAGGUCUUCUUGCAUUGCCAGGCAAGUAACUAUAUCUUGCUGCUUCUAAUCAUUUUUAAGCUGAGGAAUAAGCUCAUGAACCAACCCUAAUGCAUUCUACACUUAUAUGAAAACCUUGUAUAAUUUUUCUAUUUCCAACAAUGCAGGAUUGAUACAUAUCUGACUAUUGCGGUGAAGCUCCAAGACCUAAGCUGUUUGAGGGGAGCAAUGGUGGAGUCUGAUAACAUUUCGGCUCACCUAAACAAGCCUCUAAACAUGGAAUCACCUGACCCACCAUUUCAAGAGACAUAUAAAACCCUCUUCGACUACUCCACCGGGGCAGCGACAAAGAAUGAAAACGGGCUUGUCAUCGUUGAAGAAUGCGAUCUUCCAUUGAUCGAUCUUGGCAAGCUAAAACUUGGAGAAUCGGAGAAGGAAGAGUGCAAAAGAGAGAUAGCAAAGGCUUCCCAAGAGUGGGGUUUCUUUCAAGUGGUGAACCAUGGAAUUUCGAAUGAGAUUCUUGAGAAGAUGAGAUGUGAACAAGUCAAGGUAUUCAAAAGGCCAUUUCAUGAGAAGAUAAACGAGUCGAGUUUGAGUUUUUCAGCUGGUAGUUACCGUUGGGGAACACCUUCAGCUACUUGCCUGAGACAGUUAUCUUGGUCAGAAGCUUUUCAUGUUCCCUUGGCCGAUGUCUCGCAUUUUGGAGGUCUCACCAUUCUCAGCUCAACAAUGGAACAGUUUGCGACAACAGUUUCCGACCUAGCGCGUAAGUUAGCAGAUAUCUUGGCCGAGAAAAUGGGUCAUCCGUCAGCUUUCUUCAGAGAAAAUUGUUUGCCAAGUACUUGCUAUCUUCGAAUGAAUCGAUAUCUGCCAUGUCAGAUAGCUUCAGAGGUGCUGGGCCUGAUGCCACACACGGAUAGUGACUUCCUUACUAUACUGCAUCAAGACCAGAUUGGAGGGUUGCAAUUAGUGAAGGACGAUAAAUGGAUUGCAGUUAAACCUAAUCCUGAAGCUCUAAUUAUCAAUAUCGGAGACUUAUUUCAGGCAUGGAGCAAUGGUGUUUAUCGGAGCGUCGAACACCGGGUCGUGACGAAUAAGCAAGCGGAGAGGUUCUCUACUGCAUAUUUCUUAUGUCCAUCUUAUGACACUGUGAUUGAGAGUUGCAUUAAGCCAUCUAUCUACAAAAGGUUUAGUUUUAGAGAAUUUAGGCAAAAGGUCCAAGAAGAUGUCAAAACAUUAGGCCACAAAGUAGGUCUUCCAAGGUUUCUUGUAUGAAGACAGUGUAUAUGAACUUCAAUUUUCCAACAAGGAAAUUAAAUUAGCUUUUGCCAAAGGCGAAAAAAAUGG